UAUGCGAUCAGUCCUAGUCUUCAUUAGACUACCCAACAGGAGUCCUUGGAUGGCAAAGUAUCAUCAUCAUGAAAUAAAUGAUUGGCAAACGCUGUGUUAUUCAAUCAGACAAUAAUACGCCUAGUAAGAAUGUAAUUACAUAUAAUAGCCUAGCCAUUGAAACGAGGAGCAGUUACUGCCUGUCUGAGUCCUCUCUCUCUCUCUCUCCCCCACGCGCUCACUCUCCCUUUCUCACACACGCCGACAGACCCUCUCACUCUCACUCUCUCCCUCGCCCGAUCCCGACUCUCUUUCCUACAACAAACAUGGCUGCAAAAUCGGACGGAGCAGCCCUGUCUGUGCAGACCACCGAGAACCCCGUACCACCACCACUCCGAUGUAUGGUCGCAGCCGAGCCCGACCAGGGUCCCUCGUCGUGCCGCUAUGCUUCUAAGCCCUACUCGCUCCUGGAUUGCUGCUGGGUGUUGUGCUCACUGCUCGUCUUCUUUUCAGACGGGGCCACCGACCUGUGGCUUGCCGCGGACUACUACCUGAGACGGGACUACUGGUGGUUCGGGCUAACACUGGUCUUCGUGGUGGUUCCCUCCGCCGUGGUUCAGGUGUUGAGUUUCAGGUGGAUAGUCUACGACUACUCGGAUAUCAGCGGCAGCAGCAGCGGGGCAGUGGCGGCAGUCAGUGCGACAGCAGAGUCUUCCAGGGGAGGCGAGUGUAAUUUCAGCACCAAGGGCAGCAUCAACACCAACAAACAGCACGGUGGCGGAGCGGCCAAUGCUGCUACUGUUGCCGGGGUUGGAUGCUCGUCGGCAGGGCAGAAUGCGGCGGGGGCUGGGACUGAGAGCGGCACCCGGACAUGCUGCAGAGUGUGCAUGUGGCUGUUCCAGUCAAUUCUUCACCUCCUACAACUGGGCCAGGUCUGGAGGUAUGUCCACGCCCUCUACCUGGGUGCCCAGACCAGUUGGCACGGCGACCGCGGUCACUUCCACUGGAGGUUGAUGUGUGAGUGUGCUGACAUCACCAUGCUGAGGCUGCUGGAGGCCUUCCUGAAGAGCGCUCCUCAGCUGGUGCUACAACUCAGCAUCAUGAUACAUGCCAACCACGUCCUGCCACUGCAGGGUCUCUCUGCUUCAGCCUCCUUGGUCUCUCUGGCCUGGAUGAUAGCAUCCUACCAGAAGACUCUGAGGGACUCCAGAGAUGACAAGCUGCCGAUGUCCUACAAGGCUGUGAUUGUUCAGAUGCUGUGGCACUUCUUCACCAUCGGGGCCAGGACCAUCACCUUCGCCCUGUUUGCCUCCGUGUUCCAGCUCUACUUCGGUAUCUUCGUCGUGAGCCACUGGUGCAUCAUGACGUUCUGGACCAUCCAGGGGGAGACAGACUUCUGCAUGUCCAAGUGGGAGGAGAUCAUCUAUAACAUGGUAGUGGGCAUCAUCUAUAUCUUCUGCUGGUUCAACGUCAAGGAGGGCCGCGCCCGUUUCAGAAUGUGGCUCUAUUACUCAGUGACUCUGGUAGAGAACGUGUCUCUCACCGCGGCGUGGUACCUUUACCGCGGGCCGAACACCUCCGACUUUUACGCUCUCAUCGUGGUGUGUGUUGUGGUUUGUAGCUACGCUCUGGGAACCUUCUUCAUGUUGGUAUAUUAUUGUCUCCUGCACCCUGAUGGGCCGGUGUCCGGGGCUCAGUGGAGGGGGUGUGUGGAGGAUGGGGGGGUGAUGGUGGAGUCCUGUGUGACCCCAGCCGAUGCGUCCCCCCUCCCGCCUUCGGACGUGCUCACCAGCCCCCCUAGGACCCUAAGUAGGACUGCAGGUGCGGACCGGGGUGAGGUGGUACCAGGAGAUCUAGCUGUGUUCCAAGUUAGAUCCACCUCACCGGCCAUGGCCCUCCGGACCCCUGGGACAGAGGGGCCAGUGAUCCGGAUAGACCUGCCCAGAAAGAGGUACCCUGCCUGGGACGCUCACUUCAUAGACAGGCGGCUGCGGAAGACCAUCCUGGUCCUGGAGAACACGUCUCCGGUGACGCCCAGGAUCCAGUACCGCAGCCUGAGGAACCCCAAGGAGGUUACGGAAUAUGAGACUACCGUGUAAUGUAAUGUAACGUAGCUGCGCUACCUCCACCACACCAGCAGGGGGCUCCACCAACCAGGUGCAGGGAGAGAACCAUAGUCCUCAACUCUUAUCCUCUUGUGUAAGUAAAUGAAAGGGUGCUUGGGGACAACAGUGUAUACUAUAAGUGUACCCUACUCCCUCUGUGGGAAGGGGAGACGAGGGGAGAUGAGGGGAGACGAGGGGAGACGAGGGGAGACGGGGGGAGACGAGGGGAGACGAGGGGAGACGAGGGGAGACGAGGGGAGACGAGAGAACAAGGUUGAGGAGGCGGUGAUAUUGGAGGACUGUGUACAGGUGGAAGACAGGUGUCAGAGAUUUACAGGUCAGGUGACGUGGGCGUGUCACCAGUGCAUUUGUGGAGCGUUUCCACUCAGCUGUUGCCGGGUAACACAUCCUGUGUGUACUACAGGAGCCAAUCGGCUGUGGCCGAGAUCGAGGGUGAGAGGUGAAAGGUUGUCUAAGGUCACACCAGGCCGUGACCUUACGUAGAAAUGCAGAAGGAGACACUGAAACAAGACAGAACAUGGCUCAUGUGUCUCUCAACACUGCAACAAGACAGGACAUGGCUCAUGAGUCUCUCAACACUGAAACAAGACAGGACAUGGGUCAUGAGUCUCUCAACACUGAAACAAGACAGGACAUGGCUCAUGAGUCUCUCAACACUGAAACAAGACAGGACAUGGCUCAUGUGUCUCUCAACACUGAAACAAGACAGGACAUGGCUCAUGUGUCUCUCAACACUGAAACAAGACAGGACAUGGCUCAUGUGUCUCUCAACACUGAAACAAGACAGGACAUGGCUCAUGUGUCUCUCAACACUGAAACAAGACAGGACAUGGCUCAUGUGUCUCUCAACACUGAAACAGUGAACACAGUCAUGUCAAUGAUGACGAUAGGUGACUGUUGUGGUGCUCAUGAUGGGGAUGAUGAUGAUGAUGGUGAUGGUGAUGAUGAAAGAUUGUGCAGCCUUGUGCCAGAUAUAUUUGUGCUAACUCCUAUGUUCAUUUUCUUGACAGUCACCGUAGGAGUCGACAAGACAGGAUGUUGUUGACAGUGAUGCUCAUGUAGAAAUAACUGGGAAGUCGUAAUUCACCAUUCAGCUGUUAUGAGGAAGGACUCAAAGCUGAUUUGGUAGAAAAUGUUGUUGUCAUAGUAACAUGAAACAGUGAUAGUGGUGUGUUGAUGACCUGCUUCUGUCAUUGGAGGUUCAGUUUAAAUUCAAAUUCAAUCAUUCAUUACUUUUAUUUAUUUAUUAUUAUUUAUUUUACUGUUGACUUCUAUAUGUUUUAUAUUGUUUACUCGCUGUGGCCUUUGAUAAUGUUUCUUAUCAAGGUGUAAUCAUAUACAGUGGCUUGCGAAAGUAUUCACGCCCCCCCCCCCCCCCCCC